UUGUAGACAUGACGAGUAAGUGGGCUAAAUACGGGAAGCGCUACAGUAAAAGCUGGGAGGCGGAGGCGUGUUUGAAGGACUGGAUAGCGCCGGUAGCGGGACUCGACACCAAGGCGCUGUGUAAAUUCUGCAGGUGUCAGAUACGAGCGCACCACGCCGAUCUAGUGCAGCACACCAAAACAGAGAAGCACAAGAGAAACUACACGAAGCCAUCGCCACCUUCGCCAUCGCCGAGACUGACAGGCAUCCCGGCACACAGGUUCGAAGCAUCUAUAGAGGGGAGUAACAGCCAGCCCUCAACCCAAACCAAGAAGGACAGCGUGUUUCCUGUCUCAGUGCCCCUGGUAUCUCCAGCCAUGCAGUCGGCUGACUCUGUCCUGCACAGCGGGUAUUUCCACCCCACCCUGCGCGCCUGGCAGACCUGCAGCACCAGCUUCAGCGCCAGCAGCCUCAUCUACCCCAUCUUCGUCACGGACAGUCCGGACGCAGUGGAGCCGAUUGCCAGCCUUCCUGGACAGGCCAGGUAUGGAGUCAACAACCUGGAAGGGAUGCUGCGCCCUCUGGUGGACGACGGGCUGAAGUGCGUCCUGAUCUUUGGAGUCCCAGCCAGUGUUCCCAAGGAUGAGCAAGGCUCUGCGGCCGACUCAGACGACACCCCAGCUGUGCAGGCCCUUCGGAAGCUGCGCUCUGCGUUCCCUGAGCUGCUGCUGGCCUGCGACGUGUGCUUGUGUCCCUACACCUCGCAUGGGCACUGCGGGAUCCUGCGGGAGGACGGCUCUCUGGACAGCGCAGCGAGUUGCCAGCGACUGGCAGAGGUGGCCCUGGCGUACGCACAGGCAGGCUGUCACAUCGUGGCUCCUUCAGAUAUGAUGGAUGGGAGAAUCGGAGCGAUAAAGCAGGCGCUGCUCUCCAACGAGCUGGGGAACAAG